AAACGAAUUAUGUUAACCAACACUGACACUUUUAGUGAGAGUCGUUGUUAUAUGAAUGAUUAGGGAAAGUUCGAUUUGAUUGGAAUUUAUUUUUUCAUGAAUCAAGGUACAGUGUUCUGUUUCCGGUUUAUCAGUGGAUUGGUCCUUGUAUACUGACCUGUGCUUUUUAAAUAAUCUGAACAAACGGAAAGUAGGAUUUUCAUAUCCAGCAAAACAGACUUCAUCAAGAUUGCAAUACUUGAUUUCAAAUGAACCAUGUAAUAACAUAGCUGUGUUAAUUUUUGUAACAUAAUGACACAAAAACAAAGAGAAAACUUUUACAGAACAUCAACCGUCAUCGUUGAACAUGGAAAGGAAGUACUCGUGUUAUUGCUAGAGGAUGACUUAUCCAAGCGAAACCUGACUUUGAUAGAUUUUAUAAAUAUAAACCAGCAUGCAAUUUUUCAUCUUUGUUACAACAAACAUUCGUGUUGUCAAUGUACCGGAGGAACACUCACAAGAAGAAACACUUAUUCACAAAGAGUACUGCAUCCAUGCCAACUAGAUAUGUUAUUGGAUAAAACAGGACCGACAAUGACAGGUCAUAAUUUAAACAGCAGGGUACAGUUCUGUUGUAGUGCUGCUAAACAAUCUUUAACAACCACGUGUCUAGACCUAACUAUUUUGAGAUGUUUGUUAAUUAACUUUGUCCCAUCUUGUACCGGUGCUGUUAGAAAAGACGUUGAAGAUUUAAUUAAGUACAGAAACAACCUGUGUGGUCAUUCAGAAGAGGGAAAAAUUUCAGAUACAGAUUAUUCUGGUAACAAAAUACAUAUAGAAAACAUUAUACUUUCUAUUGCCAAACAUUGCAACAAAGAACAGAUAUUAAGGCAAAGGCUUCAUGAUGCAACAGUCAGACCAUUGGAUGAAACUAUAAACAUCCAAUACCAAGUCGCACUUUUAGAUGAGAUGCGUCGAGAAAAGAAUACAGAGGAGAAAAUUGUCAAUAUACAUGAUGCAUUGGAACAACAAACGAAGAAAAUAGACGAAAUACAUCGGAGCAGCAGCAAUAUUUUGAACAAGUUGAUGUAUUCCAUAGAUUUAAUUGGCUGUUGUUUGAUCUUUCCUUACGUUGAUCUUGGAGUUUUUAUUUUUAUGUUGUUAUUGUUCAUUUGCUUCUACUUUUAUUUAAAACAUUACUUACCACAUGUACCAAGUAAUUUGAUCAUAUUCCUAUUAUCAAUUGUACUUUUAUUUAUCGUAAUCAUUAUUUCCCCAGAUAUUUUAAUAACAUUUAUUUGGUUUAUAGAAUCAGGUUUAAUUCGUCUUUUCUCGGUCUAUUCUAUACUAUUCACACGUGAAACAGUACCCGUAUUUUUUCUUCUAUAUUAUAUUUUUCUAUUGAUAGCUAGAUCUAAAAUGAAGAACUUUUCAUUUUCACGUUAUUUCAAGAUUUUAGUCAUUCCAUUUUGUUUUUGCUUUUUACAUUACCUUUUGUCGUAUAGUUUAUCUUUUAUAUUUGGUAACAUUAAAGAGGUAUUUGCCACUUUAAGUGUGAUUGUCGGUUUAAAAUUUUGUAUCUGGAAGAAGUAGUACUUUUUAUGUUCCAGCCAUUCAAGUAAUCAAAUAAUCUACAUGGUUUAAUUAUAAUAAAGGUGCCAAACCACCACGUAUACCACUCUAAUUUAUAACUUAAAAAGGAGUCCGACAAAAAUAGUGGUUAUUGUUUAGUCAAACUAAACAUAUUUUCAGAAAUGAAACUUUUGAUA